AUGGAUCGUCCUAAGAAGAUGUCAUUCUCUGUGAUCAAGGGUAGCGACAGCUACGCUGACACUCAUUUGAUGACCUUCGACGGCUUCGUCAUUCCUUUCCACACUUGGGUUUUCUUCAUCAAAGGGCUCCAGGGUUGCAAGUUCGAGGUCUUUAUCCGCGCCCAAUCUGUCGGUGCAAAGACUCCUAUUCGUCUCGAAUUCGAUGGUCAGACCGUUUGGAGAGUCAUCUCUUUCCUCUACGACGGUACAUACCAGGAUGAGGAUGAGGGCCUGACUUUUCCUAAGGUCGAACCCCCCGCUUCGCCCACAUCGGCCAACAGAUUGAUCGACGCUUCUACAGAGCAUCAGGAUGUUGCUUUGGUUCAGGGCUUGCGUAACCUACACAUCACUGCCCACUCUUGCACCUCAGACACCCUACUCAAGGCUUUGGCCAGUGUCAAGGUGUACCAAGCCGCUAGCGCUUGGGACAUCGAUCGCCUCAUGGUCGAGGCCGCUCAGAGAUUUGGCGGGUACGUCUCUGGUGCUUUCGACAAGGACGACUUCCCUAAGUUUGUGGAGGCCGUCUUCAACUCAGUUUCUGGCCCUGCCGAGCUACUUUACGACCACCUCGUCAAGGAGUGUUUCGUUCACUGCCAGCACCUGGCCAAGAACACAAACUUUCUUACUGUCCUCGAGCACAACGGCAAGCUUUCUGUUCGUCUCUACCGUGAAUUGGCCAAGCGUCAAGCCUCUUUCGGUGAUGGCACGUCGGUCGUCCUGCCUGCUUCCACCCUUGGUGCUGGCAGUUCCUCUUCUGCUUUUGCUUCUUCGAGUGCUGCCCUGCUCGAAGGUCAACUCACCGAGGCCCGCAACCUCAUUUAUGCCAAGGAAGAGCACAUCAGGACUCUUGAGCAGGAGGUUACCCACCUCAAGCAAUCUAUCGAACAGAAGACCUCGUCGACUGAUGUUGAGGCUCGCAUCGCGAAGAUGAACGCCGACAAGUCUUCAAUCAUAAACAACCUCGAGUCUCAGCUCGACCAGAAGGACGAGCAGAUUGAGAAUCUCCAACGCAAGCUUGUUGACACCAACAAGCGCAGUGCUGUGUUGGUCGAUCAGAUCAACUCGAAGCGUGUUGGUCAACCCGGGAACAUCUCCUUCCUGCUGGAGCGCAAUGAAGCUCUCGGAAAGGCUGAGAAGUUGCAGUCAAGCCUCACUGCAUCGGAGGAGAAGAUCAAGAUGCUCGAGGCUCAGCUGGCUAUCCAUGCUCAACAGCCUAUCACUGUCAACACAGCUUUCGUUCCUCAGCCCAGCAUCAACGGCGCUGCCUCCCGCCCUCGUGCUUCGCAGCCCACUCAGUCCUCUGAGGCUGCUGAGUCAAAGCGCCCGAUCUAUGGCUUUGGUUCGAUGACUGCUUCUGUCAAUAGCAUCGCUGCAGACUCAGCCUCCGCCGCUGCCCCUCCCACCCCUACAUCGCCUACUCCCAGUGCUCGUCUGGCCCUGACUCCUGCCGCUCAGAACCUCAACUCUAGCGGACCGGUUUCCUUCUUCGAGAAGCUUCAACGUUCCCGAGCUGCUGGUAUUCAUGGUGGCGAACAUGGCUCCACUUCCAGCCAGACUCCUCUCAGUAUGCCCAUCAGUGUGCGUGGUGAGUCUACCACCGCUCAGCAGCCUAUGCGCUCUCCCAGCGUUACCCUGUCGAUCAGCAGCCCCGUCACCGCCAACGCUCCUUCACCUGCCAACGGUGCUACCCGUGGCCCUCAUGCCACUCUCGGUCGCCAGGCAGCUAGCCCUCAGUCACCUCAGAUCAACGGAGGUACUCACACUGUUUCCACGGCUUCUAGUGUCACCGCCGGGCCUCACGUCAACGGCGCCUCUCGACACGUCGCUGCUCACGUCAAUGGCACCCCUCAGCACAUUGCCCCUCGUCUGAACGGUACCGCGGUCACUCCCAGUGUCGCCUCUGCUAGCGGUCAUCCCGCCGGUUCCGCUGGCACUCCUACGGCUGCUCCUGUUGGCAUUCGCCCUGCCGCUCUUUCUGCCGCUCCUGUCAGACCCACUGUCGCUUCUGGUGCCACCACCAAUGGUCAGGGCAACAACUCUCCGGACGAGAGAGACAGGGUUAUCGCGCAGCUGACAACACGAGUCACGUUCCUCCAGAGACAGCUGGAUGAUGCUCGCACUGGUCCCGCCAGUCAAGCCUCUCCCAAUCAACGCCCCUCCGGUGGCAAUGGACGUCUCAAGCAGGUGUUGAAGGCACUGAAAGAGUACGACCUCGAUCACAAGGCCUGCAACGACUGCAGCAUCAACUUCAACGCUCAGUGGCGUGGUAUUGUUGACGACAUCAACAACCCUGACCUGGUCUUGAUCUGCAACAAGUGCGGCAACGAGAAGUGUCGCUGGCACUGCUGA